AUGACUGCAGUUGAACAGGGCAGUGCCAUAUUGGCGACAGCCCCAACACUGGUUGUGCAGUUUCUUCACGCAGCCGUUCAGCUUGUGGGUCAACUCUAUGAAAUUCAUACCCUUGGCAAUGAUGAGCAACUUGCGAAUGGAUGGGAUACAUGCGACCUACACGCCCAGUUGACUAGCCUGAAUGACAGCAUAACCAGCGGCUGUCCAAGGGACAUUGGACCAUUAUCGGAACAAGAUCAGGGGCUGGAUAACCUCCGCGCUACUAGUCACCUCGCCCUAAAUAUUAUAUUAGCUCGCCUGAAACUGAUACAAGACUUCGGACCUGGUUCAGCCCUCCGUGUCGGAGAACUGAAGAAGUUUUGGCCCCGAGACGAUGUGGAAGGACUGGAGGAACGGAUUGUGGUCCUGAGAUCGGAACUGGAGGUGACGGUCUCAUCACUGCAAACCCUAGGGAAAAUCCACGAAGCUCUCCUCUCCUUGGACAUUACCCGAGGCAGAAUAGCGCCCAAAGAACCCUCCUUGAGAGAUCAAAAACGGGAGGGAAACGGGAGGUCCUCGAAGCCUAGCAUUUUGACUCUCUUUGGUAAAGAUGCUACCGGUUUACGUAAUGUAGGAGCGUACGAAGAGGUUGACAAAGUCUAUACGGAAAAUACUAUCUUCACGGACCACGAAACAACCAUCCAAGACUUCUUGAUGGAAGCUAUAAAAUUCUCAUCUAUGAUGGAUCGAGAGGAGAGUGUCACAGUCGCACAUAGCAAAACCUUUGAUUGGAUAUUCUCCUCUAAUGAACCAACCGCCCUUCAGGGGUGGCGUCCAAAGAGUUCUCUCAGUGGUUGGCUACAAAAUGGGGAGCAGCAGGAGGGUAUAUACUGGAUUAGUGGCAAAGCAGGAUCGGGGAAAUCCACCCUGAUGCGAUUUAUCAUGCAUCACGCCAAAACAAUGAGUCUCCUUCGCUCAUGGGCGGGGAAUAAGCGACUCAUCACUGCCGGUUUUUAUUUCUGGAUUAGCGGCACCUUGGAGCAGAGGUCUCAGACAGGCUUGAUACGCCAUCUUUUAUCCCAACUACUCGACCAGCAAAGACAUCUCAUUCCGAUGGUCUUUCCAGAUCGAUGGAAACACCUUCUUUCUCUAAGUACACGAGAACGCGUCAAGGCCUCAAUCUCAUGGGACCUUCCUGAGCUAACUGCUGCUCUGAAAUUAUUCCUGAAUUAUGCCGGCCGGGGGAGCAAAGUUUGUUUGUUUAUUGAUGGACUGGACGAAUUUGCCGGUGACCAUCAGCAUAUCGUGGACUUUUUCAAAGACUGCGUUGAUUUGUACACUCACGUCAAAAUCUGUUUAUCUAGUCGACCAUUUCCCAUUUUUUGUGCGGCUUUUGGAAAGAAUCCUAGGCUUGAACUUCACGAACUGACCCGACGAGAUAUGCUUAAUUUCGCCCGGGAUCACCUCUACAGGGACCCCUUGAUUAGUCAACUUCUCACCCAGGAUGAAGAGGCAGCAUCACGGCUCAUUAAUAGUAUUGUUAAGGGGGCAGAUGGCGUCUUUCUCUGGGUAAUGCUUGUGGUUCAAUCUAUUCUGCGGCAUCAAAACUAUCAAGAUAUUCCGCAAAUGCAUGAAUACUUGGGCCAACAUCCCACCGACUUGGAUGAGCUUUUCACGCAUUUCCUUUUUGGCGCCGCAUCUAGAGAUCAAACUUUGGUUAUUUCCCGCCUGUUCCAGCUUCUCCAGGCCAGAGAGGAGGCAUUUUAUGCCACUCAGCAGCAAGAUGCAUCGUCAACGAGCCUCUGGGACUUUUCUCUCGCCGACCAAUCUGAGGAAAUUGUGACAUACAUCCCGAAAAAUGUGCAACAAGCGACAGAUCAGGACAUCAUUCGUAUAUGCGAGGUUACCAAGGCCCGGGUGUCCAGAGAGUGUGCAGGGUUGAUAGUGGCUCACGCGUCGGGAUUGUCAAACAGCAUUCUCCAGCGCAACAUACCAUCACCGGCACAGCAGCUAGGCUAUAGCAAGAUUUCUUACGUCCAUCGAACCGUGAAAGAUUUCGUCUCACUAUCCCACGUUCGGUCCCGGCUCUUGGAGCCAAUGCUAGGAUCAAGCUUUGAGCCCCAUAUAUCACUUCUCACGUCGAUUAUUCUCCAAUUCAAGUGGCCAUUAGAUGAGUUUCACCCCGACCGACAGAUAAAUGACCGGUGGCCCAACAUCCUUCUCGCAUUCACCCACGCACGACUGUCUCAAAAUCAUCGACAGUCACAGCUGAUGCUUAUUCCUGAGCUGAACCAAGUGCUGUGUCAACAUUGGGCGUCCCGUGACUCGAUUGAAAAUGAUCAUUGGGCAAGAAGCCUUUUCUCAUCGUAUGAGAAACGAAAGAAUCUCAACUUUUAUGAUCCGUUUCUCUCGCUCUCUGCCAAGUUUGGCCUAGCAACUCUAGUAAGUGAACGCAUCCGGAAGGAUGAUAACAGGUCAUACGGCAGUGGCGGCGGGGUACCCCUUCUCAGUCAUUGCAUUGAAAUGCUCGCGAGUCGGCGGCAAACCGUGUACCCUUUAUCCAGUCCAGAAAUGAUCCGUGAAAUUCUCACGGGCGGUGCCAACCCGAAUCAGCCCUACCAAGAUCUCAACGGAAAGAGCCAGACGCCCUGGCUGGUUGUUCUGGAUUAUCUGCGAGAAGCAGAUCGUCGCCAGUGGAUUGGGUACUAUGAUACUAGUGAAAGUGGUAUUUCUCGUCUGUCGGUGAUUAUAUCGCUGUUCAUUGAGCACGGCGCCGACCCCAAUGGGAUACUUGUUGAGACCAAGUUUGAUCCCUCGGCUUCUGCGCUUGAAAUAAUCACCUCCAUUUACCGGAAAUAUGCCAGUCCGGAAUUUAGCCAGCUUCGCAGGGUAUUGAUAGAUAAGGGGGCUCAUGAACGAGAAGGGCAUGGCAUUUUGUAUCAAGUGUACGGUAAGUAG